AUGGGCGGCGGGGGACGGCGGUGCCCGGCGGCUCUGCUGCUGGCGCUGCCGCUGCUGGCGCUGCCGGGCGGGCUGGGCAAGCCGACGGCGUGGCAGGAGCGGGCGCGGCCCGGAGCGGCGCAGCAGCACGAGGACGCGCCGGGAUUCCGGUACGACCACGAGGCCUUCCUGGGCAAGGAGGAGGCGCGGAGCUUCGACCAGCUCAGCCCGGAGGAGAGUCAGGAGCGGCUGGGGAAGAUUGUGGAUAGAAUAGAUGAAAACAAAGAUGGCUAUCUCACAACAGAGGAGCUGAAAAACUGGAUUAAACGGGUACAGAAACGCUACAUCUAUGAAAACGUCGCUAAGGUUUGGAAAGACUAUGAUACAAACAAGGACAAUAAAAUCACCUGGGAAGAGUACAAACAAGCCACCUACGGUUAUUAUCUAGAAAAACCAGAAGAAUUCCAAGAUGCAACAGAUAGGCACAGUUUUAAAAAAAUGCUGCCCAGAGACGAAAGGCGAUUCAAAACUGCAGAUCUGGAUGGAGACUCAGCUGCCACUCGUGAAGAAUUCACUGCUUUCCUUCACCCAGAGGAAUUUGAGCACAUGAAAAACAUCGUUGUCUUAGAAACGUUAGAAGACAUAGACAAAAAUGAGGAUGGCUUUGUGGAUCAGGAUGAGUACAUUGCUGAUAUGUUUGCAAAUGAAGAGGGAGGACCAGAGCCUGACUGGGUGACCACAGAGCGUGAGCAGUUUGCAGAUUUCCGUGACCUCAACAAGGAUGGAAAGAUGGACAAAGAGGAGAUUCAGCACUGGAUUCUCCCACAGGACUACGAUCAUGCACUUGCUGAAGCCAGGCAUUUGGUCUAUGAAUCUGAUGUCGAUAAGGAUCAAAAACUAACAAAAGAGGAGGUUUUAGACAACUGGAAUAUGUUUGUUGGAAGUCAAGCUACUAAUUAUGGGGAAGACCUCACAAGAAACCAUGAUGAACUAUGAUAUAAGUAUACCAAGCAGCAUGCCACAGGCCUUUUCUCCAUUUUACUGAAUCUACCAUGUCCAUCCCCUUUUUGGGGAGGAUGGACAAGGGACACACACAAAACUGAAUGACUUGCAUAUAUUUUUAACAUGGCAGUUUAUUACCUCAGAAACUACGUAGAAAUAGGGUUGUUUUUUUUUUUUUUAACUUUCUUCACAAGGUUAAAUGCUAUAUCUAAUUAUACAGUUCUGUUUUGGGGAAAAAAUGGUAAUGUUUCUUAGUAGGUUAGAUCUGGGAAAGGCAUUUACAACGUAACUCCAAGGAUCUUCAAUAAUAACAGGUUUUCUUCAAAUGCCCAUUUUUAUCAUAGUAAAAUGCAGCUACGAUUAGUAAGAAAGAAACUUACUUUUUCAGUAGUCUAAGUUGUUUAGUCAUCAUUUCUAAUAGCGUUUGAAAUCAUAGAAUGCCUUAAGUUGGAAGGGACCUUGAAGAUCAUCUAGCUCUUAAUUCCCUGUUGUGGGCUGAUUGCCACCCACCAGAUAAGGCUGCCCAAGGCCCUAUCCAGCCUAGUCUUGAAUGCCUCCAGGGAUCAGGCACCCAGAACUUGUCUGUUCUUACAGUUUCACCCUCCUGUACAGAGGUCUGACAAGAUCCACAACCUUUUUGUCCACGCUGCAUUUUUCUCUCUAAGUUGGGCUGAAGGAGAUACCAGCAGACCCAUGGGUCAUAGCUUUACAAGUGCAUCGUGUGCAAUUGGCCCUUCUCUCUAAGUCCCACUGCAGUGCAGAAGCAACACAUGGCCCAACAGCCAUGCUGGCAUUCCUCAGCAAGGGUUGUGGAGUUCAGACUGACAGCUGUUCCUUCUGACAACAGAAUAACGUACAUUGUUUGUGUGCUGUUAGUUAUGCUGUUUCCUGGAAGGAAUUAUGCCACAUGGAGCAUAAUUUAUCUCACACUUUUCGCGCUUUACCCAAGCCAUGCUCUUGUUCACACUGUGAAUGGCAGCAGCUCCAUGAUGGAGAAAGAAUGAGACAUAUCACCCCUCUGGGCCUUCUGUUUUCUGUACUACAGACGGGGACAGAUCAUGUGGCUGAAGUUCUGGUUUGUAUGUAUGUACGUAUAAGUAAGUGUUACUGAAGCAACUACAUGGAGACAGCUUUCCUUCCAAAGAAAGGAAUGAGCUUUCCACACAGGUGCUUUCUUUUUUUACUGUAUAAUGUGAGCAGUAACAUGUAUAUUUUUAUAUACCUAACUCUGAUAAGUUUGGUUGAUUUUAAAUAUAUUAUGUUUAAAACAAGCACAGUAAAACCAUAACUUUUUGAUACCAUGAAGGUGCAACAACACUAAUACAGACAGACUAGCAUAGAGAGAUGAUGUGAUGCUUCUUAUGCCAAGAGUUCAGCCUGCAGCACUGGCUGGUCAUCUACAAACAGCAGCUGGAUGUAUGGCACCAACUUUUUCUUCUUUGCAUCAUUAAAAAAAGCUAGAAAUAAGUCGAGUGUAUAUUUUUAGUAUUGCUAGAACCUGUUCUGAAUGCUAAGGUCACAUAAGAACAGUGCUAAAUACUUUCAGUUGAAGAUAGCUCUGUAUUACACACACUGGCAGGGAUUACUUGCCUUUGCUAACUUUAUUAUUAAGCUUUUAGCAUGCACCUACAACAUUGCCAGCAAGGUCUCCUAAAAGUCCCUACCCCUUCUGCUAACAUAGAGUAGGACAGAUGUCAUAAGACAUAAAUGGUUUUUGCUCUCCCAGUAAUUCCAUGUCAAAGUAAUGCCUAAAUGCAGUGUUACCUGAGAAGCAAUAAAAUUGUAUCUUGGCACACAUAAAAAAAA